UACGGUGCUGACAAGAUGGCGGCUGGCGGGGCUGUGUCUGCGACGCCCGAGUGCCGGCUUCUGCCCUACGCGCUACACAAGUGGAGCUCCUUCUCCUCCACCUACCUUCCUGAGAACAUUUUAGUGGAUAAGCCAAAUGACCAGUCUUCACGGUGGUCUUCAGAGAGCAACUACCCUCCCCAGUACUUGAUUCUGAAGCUUGAAAGACCUGCUAUAGUCCAGAAUAUCACAUUUGGAAAAUAUGAGAAAACUCAUGUCUGCAAUUUGAAGAAAUUUAAAGUCUUUGGUGGAAUGAAUGAAGAAAACAUGACAGAGCUAUUGUCCAGUGGCUUAAAGAAUGAUUAUAACAAAGAAACAUUUACCUUGAAGCAUAAAAUUGAUGAACAGAUGUUUCCUUGUCGAUUCAUUAAAAUAGUUCCACUCUUAUCGUGGGGACCCAGCUUUAACUUUAGCAUCUGGUAUGUUGAACUUAGUGGCAUUGAUGAUCCCGAUGUAGUACAACCCUGUCUCAACUGGUAUAGUAAGUACCGUGAACAGGAAGCUAUUCGCCUUUGCCUAAAACACUUCAGACAACAUAACUAUACAGAGGCCUUUGAAUCACUGCAAAAGAAAACCAAGAUUGCCCUGGAACAUCCCAUGUUAACAGAUCUGCACGAUAAAUUGGUACUGAAGGGUGAUUUUGAUGCUUGUGAAGAAUUGAUUGAAAAAGCUGUAAAUGAUGGCUUGUUCAAUCAGUAUAUCAGUCAACAGGAAUAUAAGCCACGAUGGAGUCAAAUCAUUCCGAAAAGUACCAAAGGUGAUGGAGAAGAUAACCGACCAGGAAUGAGAGGAGGCCAUCAGAUGGUUAUUGAUGUUCAAACAGAGACUGUUUAUUUGUUUGGUGGCUGGGAUGGAACACAAGAUCUUGCUGACUUCUGGGCGUACAGUGUGAAAGAGAACCAAUGGACAUGUAUCUCUAGAGACACUGAGAAAGAGAAUGGUCCCAGUGCUAGAUCAUGUCAUAAAAUGUGCAUUGACAUUCAACGAAGGCAAAUCUACACACUGGGGCGUUAUUUGGAUUCCUCUGUGAGGAACAGCAAAUCUCUGAAGAGUGAUUUCUAUCGUUAUGACAUUGACACAAACACAUGGAUGUUACUCAGUGAGGAUACUGCUGCUGAUGGAGGACCGAAACUGGUGUUUGAUCAUCAGAUGUGUAUGGACUCAGAAAAACAUAUGAUCUACACCUUUGGUGGUAGAAUUUUGACAUGUAAUGGCAGUGUAGACGACAGCAGAGCCAGUGAACCACAAUUCAGUGGAUUGUUUGCUUUCAACUGUCAGUGUCAAACCUGGAAACUUCUUCGAGAGGACUCCUGUAAUGCUGGGCCUGAGGACAUCCAGUCUCGUAUAGGACACUGCAUGCUAUUCCACUCAAAAAAUCGUUGCUUAUAUGUAUUUGGUGGCCAGCGAUCAAAGACCUAUUUGAAUGAUUUCUUUAGUUAUGAUGUGGAUUCUGAUCAUGUAGACAUAAUAUCAGAUGGUACCAAGAAAGACUCUGGAAUGGUUCCAAUGACAGGAUUCACACAGAGAGCAACCAUUGAUCCAGAACUGAAUGAAAUACAUGUCUUAUCUGGACUCAGCAAAGACAAGGAAAAGAGGGAAGAAAAUGUCAGAAAUUCAUUCUGGAUUUAUGACAUUGUAAGGAACAGUUGGUCUUGCGUCUAUAAGAAUGAUCAAGCUGCAAAGGAUAAUCCAAGUAAAAGUCUUCAGGAGGAAGAACCAUGUCCAAGAUUUGCCCAUCAGCUUGUAUACGAUGAGUUACACAAGGUUCAUUAUUUAUUUGGUGGGAAUCCAGGAAAAUCUUGCUCCCCAAAGAUGAGAUUAGAUGACUUCUGGUCACUGAAAUUGUGUAGGCCUUCAAAAGAUUACUUACUGAGGCAUUGCAAGUACCUCAUAAGAAAACACAGGUUUGAAGAGAAGGCCCAAAUGGAUCCCCUUAGUGCUCUGAAAUAUCUACAAAAUGAUCUUUAUAUAACUGUGGAUCAUUCAGACCCAGAAGAGACAAAAGAGUUUCAGCUCCUGGCUUCAGCUCUGUUUAAAUCUGGUUCAGAUUUCACAGCUCUAGGCUUUUCCGAUGUGGAUCACACCUAUGCUCAAAGAACUCAGCUCUUUGACACCUUAGUAAAUUUCUUUCCUGACAGCAUGACUCCUCCUAAAGGCAACCUGGUGGACCUCAUCACACUGUGACCGAAGAGUACCUGGACAGAAAUGGAGCACAGGAGUCUGCUUUCAGUAUUCUGGAUUUCAACUCUAUUGACUGACAAUUAGGCUGCAGUGACUGAGGACUGCACCAGAAUUUUGAAGGGAUCUUUGCUGUCACAAAUUUUAACCCUCUUCCUUCACACCUGACCUCAACCCAAUAGUCCUCAUCCCAUUCCGAAAUUAGGCUAAUAAAGUGAAAUCGGUAUACUUUCCAUUUACAUAUAUAUAUAUA